AUGGUGGCAAUGCCGUUGGUUAUUAUUUACAACGCCGAUGAUAAUUAUGAGUCACACUGUCCAUCAGGCCUUGUUUUUUACUCUGAUCGUAAGGUAUGUGACCUACCCUCAUCUGAGUGCGGGUUCGCAACGGAUACCCCAGUUAACGCCGAUUCAGUAGCCCAAUCUUCAGCUACCUUACCGCCAAACACUCAAAUGCCAAUAGACUCAGGUCCGAUUGACUGUUCAACUCGAAGAGAUGGUGUUUACGGCCGUCCCUGUGCAAAUACAUUCAUUUACUGUUCAAACAGUCGACCGCAAUCAAUGAACUGUCCGUCUGGUCUUCUUUUCAAUGCGAAGAUAUUAGCGUGUGAUUUUCCAUCAUCGGAAUGUUCAAUUUCGACCGCACCAGCCUUUAUGCCCACUUUAGCUGUACCCGUGGCAGCCGACAGCAAUACUGACCGGCCGUGGUCCAAAAGUGUCCAAACGCUCGGACAAACUGAAGCUCAUCAACAGCAGCAAGAACCACCAGUAGUAGAUUGUUCAGUGCAGAAAGAUGGAGUUUAUGGUGUGCAUUGCUCUCCAACAUUCAUGCAAUGCUCUAAUGGCAAACCGUUCGUUAUGGUUUGUCCAAACGGCCUCGUUUUCGAUGACCAGUCUUCAAAAUGCGAUUUCCCGAAGCUUCAGUGUCAGAAUCAAGCAUCGAGUUCGAUAAUUUCAUUGGAACCUACAGUGAAAUCUUUGAUUGAGACUACACAAACACCACAGACUGAACCACACUCUGUGCCUGGAUCUGCAGUGGAUUGCAGUAAAUUGCCGACAGGGGAUUACUCGUUGGGUUGUUUUACUGAAUACGUUACGUGCUUAAGUGGCACGUUGAUAAGACGCUUUUGCCCUCAAGGUCUCGUCUUCUCUGAGAGGAGACGUUUCUGCGUAUGGCCUCAAGAGUGUGUUGAAAGUGAAGGUUCAAUGGAUUGUUCUUAUUUACCUGAUGGGCUCUAUGGUGGAUCAUGUUCAACAGUGUUCGCUGAAUGUUCAAAUUCAAAAGCGAAGAUAUUCAAAUGUCCAUCUGGACUACUUUUCGAUGCGUUGUCAAGACAGUGUGAAUACCCAAGCGAUACUUGUAUGUCCGUCAUAGCGCCACGUCCAUUUGCAACCACUCAGCCAACGGCAUCUGCUGGACCAAUGGAUGCGUCAGCAAUGGUGGAUUCAUCACCUUCACAUGCAAACGACGUUGCUUUCGACUGUGCUCACCAUUCAGAUGGUGACUACUCAUUGGGAUGUGCCUCUCGAUAUAUUACUUGCAUAGGCGGUAUUGCGCACAUACGUUAUUGUCCAUCAAAACUUGUUUAUGAUUCUAUCAUGAAGCAGUGUGUAUGGCCUGAACAGUGUCGCCCAACGGCCGCACAGCAAAUGCCAACUGGUCAAUCCACAUUCAUGCCUCAACCAAGCUUUCAACCUACAUCUCUGCCAACGCAACUCCCGUCGACAGAAGGUGAU